UACCUUUUCUCUCUCCCUCUCUUCCUCUAUCUGUCCCCCUCUACCUCUCGUUCUCUCUCUCUCUCCGGUGCGUGGAGCCGUGCCGUACGCGCGUGUGUGCGUGUGUUGAGGGAUGAUGAAAUGCCAGCGUCAAGCAGCCUCCGGGGAGCUUCUCCCAGCCUGAGGAUGUGAAAGAAUCGGAGGCUGAACGAGGGAUCUGCUCCAACCUGCAGGCCGAGCCUUCUGCACAGGCCUGCCUUACUCCUCUCUUCCUCUUUUUCUCCUUCUCUCCAUCCCUUUCUCUCUCUCCCUCUCUUGCUCGUGCUCUCCGAUAGGCAUCUCUUGCUGCUUUUCUUUCCCCCCCUCUUCCUCUGGUGAGGGAGAGGAUCGUCAUCCCCCCCAUCGAUCCUUUUUUUUUUUCCUCAGUGGUGGUGGCUCCCUCCUCCCCCCUCUCUUCCUCUACACCUCCUCCUCCUCUCUCUCUCUCUCUCUCAUCUUUUUUCUGUUCUUGAAGAGAAGCUCUCUGGAAUAGCAAACCUCCAUGUAUGACAAUUUGUACCUGCAUGGAUUUGAAGACUCGGAGGCGGGUUCAGCUGAUUCCUACACUAGCAGGCCAUCCGACUCGGAUGUGUCGUUGGAGGAGGAGAGGCAGGAGGGUGGGAGCCAGGGCCGGCAGGAGCGAGAGCAGCAGGCCGCUGUGCAGCUGGAAAGGGCCAAGGCCAAAGCAGUGGCCUUUGCCGUGAAGACGAAUGUCAGUUAUUGUGGAGCGCUGGACGAGGAUGUGCCUGUGCCAGGAACGGCCAUCUCAUUUGAUGCUAAGGACUUCCUGCAUAUCAAAGAGAAGUUCAACAAUGACUGGUGGAUCGGGCGACUGGUGAAGGAGGGCUGUGAGAUUGGCUUCAUCCCCAGCCCUCUGAAGCUGGAGAACAUCAGAGCCCAACUGGAGCAGAAGAAGAGCCGUGUUCAAGGUAAGUCCAGCGGAAGCUCCUCCUCCAGCUUGGGGGAUGUGAUGUCAUCAGGCAAGCAGAAGCAAAAAGUGACUGAGCAUGUGGCCCCCUAUGAUGUCGUUCCCUCCAUGAGGCCUGUGGUGCUCGUUGGCCCAUCCCUAAAAGGAUAUGAGGUUACUGAUAUGAUGCAAAAGGCUCUCUUUGACUUCCUGAAGCACAGGUUUGAUGGCAGGAUAUCCAUCACCCGUGUGACUGCAGACAUCUCCCUGGCUAAGAGAUCUGUGCUGAAUAACCCCAGCAAGAGAGCCAUCAUUGAACGCUCUAACACCAGAUCCAGUCUUGCUGAAGUGCAGAGUGAGAUUGAGCGUAUCUUUGAGCUGGCCCGCUCUCUGCAGCUGGUAGUGCUGGAUGCAGACACCAUUAACCACCCCGCUCAGCUGAUGAAAACCUCACUAGCUCCCAUCAUCGUCCACGUCAAAGUGUCCUCGCCAAAGGUCCUCCAGAGGCUGAUCAAAUCCAGAGGAAAGUCUCAGAGUAAACAUCUCAAUGUGCAGCUUGUAGCAGCCGAUAAACUCGCACAGUGCCCACCGGAGAUGUUUGACAUCAUCCUGGACGAGAAUCAGCUGGAGGAUGCGUGUGAACACUUGGCAGAGUAUCUCGAGGCAUACUGGAAGGCCACCCACACCUCCAGCAGCACCCCGUUAAACCCACUUCUGGGCCGAAACCUCGGCCCUGCCGCCCUUGCCCCCUACCCGUCCACCAUCUCUGCUCUGCAGAACCAGCAGGGCCAAAGAACACGGCAUGCCAACCACACCGGUGACCACUCCACACCAAACGAGCGCCGCAACCUGAUGGCCUCCGACGAGAACUACCACAAUGAGCGGGCGCACAAGGGCCGCAACCGCGGCUCAUCUGGCUCACAGCACGGAGGCAGCGGCGGCCGAGACCACCACUACAUGGACGAGCAGCAGGACCCGUACCAGGACAGCUACAAGCCCCACCGCAAUCGUAGUUCCCCAGGUAGCUACAGCCAGGACUCCCGCCACAGGCUCUGAGCCCCCAGCCCUGACCCUUUCCCUGCCCAGUUUCACCGUUCAGGCCUGAGCUGCAGUGCGACCAGAGCCAAGAUGGCGUGCGUUCUCAUCCUCCAUCGCGUUAUAUUUAUUUAUUUAUUUUUUCGGUAGGGCCUCUGGCGUCAGAGUGGACGUCAUAAGCUCCCCCCGAACCCAAGUCAUGUGACCGAAGCCUGCGUCUCCAUCUGCAAACGUGACUCGAAGUGUGUGUUAAGAGAAGAAGGACAGUCCGGACCUCCAAUGGAGGAGAGACUGCUCCGCCAUUCAUGCUUUCUCUUGAUCGUUUAUUUCCUUGUUUAUACGUUGGUUCUGUUGCUAAAAGCUGAGUUCUUCCCAGCCAAAAAUACACCAGAGUGAUAGCCCUGAAAUCCAUUGCUGGAAAGUAAACAAACGCACACGAAAUCACCCCCAGAACAGAUCAGUCAAGUCUGUGUGUGCGUUGCUACUGGCACGCUGUCUUAACACAUGCUUCCCUCAGCCAUUACUGACCUAUGAACACGCAACGCUGGAUGCGACUGUGACGUGUCUGAGUACAUCACAGAAGCACCUCUGAUAGUACAGUCAGGCUUAUAUUGAUAAUAUACCAACCCACUGCCAGUGAUAUUUUGUUAUACUUAAUGGAGAGCAGAUAGAAUUCUGUAAGACCAGGGUCUUAGAGUCUUCCGAAGCCUCUGGAUCUUUUGAUGACGAAAGGGAUUUUUUAUACAGUAGGAUUCAUUCAGCUUUUGUGCCGCUGCUCGGUGCAGCACACAAUAGUACACUACUAACCUGUGCAGUUCUACGUACUUCGCACUAAUGUGUUCAUUCAGGAGAGAAAGGGUAACUUCUUUGAAAGCGCUGCCUCAUAGCUUCCAGGGCCUCGAUGGCCUUCUCAGCAUAGACCAUUACCUGCUAUUUAGAAUGGCUGCUUAACCAAGAAACGCACACCAGCCAGAAUCUGCUGGUGAACAGUAAGUAGUGUUGCUCUGAGCUAGUUUACAGUACAUGUAGGUGACAUCGCUCUUUAGGCUUUACUCAUCUCAUAGUUCAGAUAAUCACCACAAGUAGACCUCAGAACAGAUGCAGUCCAGGGCACUUUAGAAAGGGCAAGUUAGUGGGAUUGUAUAUUCUUCAUAGGGUGCUGGAUGCCAACAAAGAUUUUCCUUAAGGCACUAAACAGGCCUUCACACUUAAUUUCUGGUUGAUUUGCAUCAACAGAGUAGCAAGUUCUUCAGCAUUCUUGUGACAUGCACUGAUCUCUGGCUUUGGCAAAAGGUAGACAGCAGUCAUACCUCAGCUGGUAAAGCUGAGGUCGGGUCCAUUCCGCCAUUCUACCUGAACGUGGCGUGAGGGAAAUGUACACAAAGGUAUAAGCAUGAAUGACCAAGGAACUUGCAAGUCAAGAACCUAACUCCCUGCCAAACCAUGGAUCUUCUCCUGCAUAUCCCCCGUCUCAUUGAUUUAUGCUAGAUUGUGCUUUAA